AGCGAAUCCAGGAAAAGAGCUGAGGACUAUGUAGGAAUUCCCGACUGAAGUCAUGGGUUCGGAGGCAAUGGAGGAUUGCGUGCAGGGGGCGCUCUCAUCUCUUUAUCCUCCCUUUGAGAGCACAGCGCCGCCCCUCCUCUCCCAGGUCUUCUCUGUCCUGGAGUCGACCUAUCAACAUGACAGUCUUCGCUACCUCUUGGACUACUUUGUUCCUGCCAAGCACCUCCUGCACAAACUCCAGCAGCAUGCCUGUUCUCAGUACCUGGGCUGCCUGUUUCUGCAUUCCGGCUGGCCUCUGUGUCUGGGCGAAAAAGUGGUUGUCCAGCUCUCCACACUAGACUGGAGGCUCUUGCGCAGCAAUGACUUCUACCUGCAGGUGGUGCCCUUCUCUACACGCUGUCCUCGACUAGCCCUAAAAUGUUUAGCCCCUGGGGGACGCACUGUCCAAGAAAUCUUGGUACCUGAGUCCCAACACCCUCUUGUGUUCACCACUGAGUGGCUGCACAGUGUCAACAAAGAGCGGGGCCACAAGAGGGAAGUUGGAGGAGGUCUUGACACCUGCUUGGUCAGUACAUGUGAUGGUGUGGUACGCCUUCCGUGGAAGGAGGUUGUCUACCCCAAAUUCAUCCAUGACCCCUCUGAAGACCUGGGCCUGAUGUCUAACCACAAGGGCUCCAUACCCAACCGCUUACCUAGUGAGGGGGGCAGUACCCUUGGGGGCUGGGGUGGCUCAUCAUCUGGAGAGCUGGACUCCUGGUCCUGGGAUGAGGAAGAGGAUGAUGAUUUACCAGAUGGCUUGGACUCCGAGCCUGCUCUACCCAGGCGAAGACGCAGCGAAGAUGGGCUCGGGCGGACAGCAAGACACCCACAGCUGGACGGGGACUAUGUAGAGCUGUUGGAGCCCAGAGGUGGUCCUGACGGAGGGGUUGACCCGAGGCAGAGAUACCUGGAGAUGCAUGGGAUCUGUAAGACAAAGACUUUGCCUCUGUGUAGGAGAGGUAAGGCCAUCAAACUCCGGAAAGGAAAAGCUUGGGGUUAUAGUAGAAUGGAAGGAUUUGGCAGCUUUCGUGCUGUCCUUGGGGCCAAAAGAGAUGCGGUGGCCCCCAAAGCUGAUGUGUUAUCGCCUAGGCCUCCAACAGGAGUCACUGUACCAAGCAGAGGAAGGCGGUCUUACUCCUCUUCUGUUCAUGACUCAGAUGAAGGAGAUAAAAUAAGUAGAGACUCUGGGGGCCUGGAAAACCACCGGCUUUAUUUUGAUGGCCCAUUUAAAGAGAGGAGGCCUGGCGUGGGAAAGGAGAGAGAGACUAAUGGUGUCACACAGGCAUGUAGAGAUGACCAUAGAAGUAAAGAAUGUGAAAGUGGUGAUAGUUCGGUCACAAAUGAGAUCCUUGACAUGACAAACCACAAAGUUGGGCAUGUUAUAGAGGGUCACUCAGAUCAAGGAUCUCAUUCGGACUCUGUCUUUGAGGAUACAGACAAAACAGUGAGCGGAGACAGUGAUGCCACCACCCCAACAUCAGAUGCACCAGAAAGACCAUUCACUGGAGGUUCAACAGGUGGAGAGAAAACUAACAGUGAAACUAAAAUGAAGAGUUCAUCCAACGCAAAGGUGACAGAAGAAAGAGAUGAAGGAAAAAACGAGAACAGAGUGUGUCCCAGAGGAAAGGAAGUAAAAAGUGCAGGAUUCAGAGUACCAAGGAGGAAGAGGAAGGGAAGGGGGGCCAAAGGGAGGGCUAGGUCUGGUGGCCGUGCAAACCAAAGGGUCUUAAAACUGCAGGGUAAAGCUCCUCAACCAAGUCCCACCACAGGCUCUGCCUCAACACAACUCCCAAUCACAGAAGAAAAACAAUCAGAGACAGAAGAACAGGCAUAUAAACUUGAUGGAGAAUGCACAUCGACGAAUGAGGGGACAGACAACUCAAAGAAAAGCAGUGCAGAGACAAAAGCUGAAUCUGCUUGUAAUGGUCAAUCAGGCACAUCCUUAUUUAACCACUCAAAUGAGGAGUCAGGGACAGCAGAGGUAUGUCCUGACCAACUAAAUGGCGUUACACCUAAAGACCCUCCUCUGCUGAGAGAACUGGACACUGCGCUUCUCCAGUCAGGGAAGCUGAAGUUGACAGGUACAGUGGACAGGUUGGGACGUGCUUUGGUUGUCACAGAGACAGAUGGAUCAGACGAAGGUUUCUGUGAGGAGGAAAUUGCUCGGGUCCUGGCCUGCUACUACAGGAUCACACGGCCUGCAGCCAAAGAAAAAGGUCUCACGGUGUUAAUGGACUGCAGACGCUCUCCACCCUCCACUCUCUCCUUCUCUGCACUUAAAUUGUUCCAGGUGCUGGUUCCUGACAGUCUUGGAUCUGUUCUGGUUUUGGUGGAGGAGCAGCAGGAGUGCCCUUCUCAUAAUCUAGAAGGAGCAGAGGUCCACAUGGUGCGAGGAACAACAGUCCUCCAGCAGCAUGUAGACAAACAACAGCUGCCCAAAGAGAUGGAUGGAGACUUCAACCACUGUCACUCAGACUGGCUAUCUUUUAGAUUGAGCCUGGAGAGUCUGACGGAGCGUUGUGAGAGCGCUGUCUCGCUCUUAGGAGACACACUGCAGUCAAUGGACACUGAGCCAAUGCCAGACAACAUAAAGGCUGUUCCUCUGAGCAUUGACAGACACAGGCAGCUCAUGGCGAGCGUCCUGGCCGACCAGCGUUUAACUGAGCUGCAGCAAAGGGGCGGGGCUUGGCUGGCAGGAUUAACCAAUAGCACAACUGGACUGGCACAGAAGUCGCCGGACUGCAGGGCUGCUCUCACUGCGACCUCUAAACUCUACGACAGCGUGGACGAUGCCCUCCACCGGCUCGUCCGAGUGUCCAAUCAGAGAGGUCGUGACCUGGAGGCACUUGGACGACUAGCCAGGCUUGUGUACAAACUGGAAAAGUGUGAUACGGAGAUUGAGCAAGUCCAGUCGCAGCUGGAUGACUACAAAGACCCCCCUCUCUCCCUCAGUAGACUCUCACUCAAGCAGCAGAAGUUCAAGACGUUCAGAGAAACGGCUAACGAGCUGCACAGCGAGACUCUGUCAGUGCUCAGCGAUUUGGAGGGUUGGUGCGAGCUGGACUGGGCAGGCCUGAACGAUGUCCAGAUCCGACUUCCUCCAGUCAGGGAGAAGCUGAGAGACAUGUCUCACUGUCUGUCUGACUGCUGGACCACCCUGGACAACACCCAGAGGCUGCUGUCUACACUGACUGAGGCCACCCAGUGGUGCGACGCAGUUUCCUCCACUUCCUCCUCUCCCUCUUCCUCUUCUUCCACCUGCCCCCUCGCCUCCCUCCCUCCCAUCCCCCCGUCCCGUUUCCAGGAUGCACGGUCAUUAGCGAUGGAGCUAGGCGGCGGGGCGCUCCUGGAUCUUUGGACUCAGACAGUAGAGCGUUACCAGCGGACCGUAGCACAAGUGAAACCCAGGUUCCUCCAGACAGAACGGACCCAGAAUCAAGGCCAGGGGAAACCCAAGACGCCCUCCGCUAGCAGCCUGUGGGACCUGAUGGGUCCAGAGGGAGACGGAGACUGGGGAUUGGGAGCUGGAGGAGGAGAAGGGGGGCUACAGUCUUGGGGAUCCUUGGCAUCACUGUUCAGACCGCAGACCUGCUCCACACUGAAGAUUGGAGAGGAGAAAGGGAAUAAGAAAGAGGGAGCAGGGGGAGGAGCAGGAGGAGCUGGAGGAGGGAAGUUCCUGCAGAACCUUCUGAAUCCAGCAAAGAAGAGCUCCCCAGAUGCUCCGCUCCCUCCCAAGCCCCCCAGGAAGCGACACCCAAGUUUCGACCUCCAAGCUCUCCUGGCCCCCCGCAGAGGCACGGCCAGCCCUAAACCUGCGGAGUCCCCAGUGGGCGGGGUGAGCCGUAACUCUCCCAUGUCCUGGCUGGGGCGACGGGCGGCAGCUGACCCGGUUAUUACUACCAGCAUGGCUGCAGCUGUCCCAGGAUGGGGUUCUGGAGGAGGAGGAUCAGGAGGAGGAGGAGGUGGAGCAGGAGGAGGGGGAGGAGGAGGAGGAGGAGGAGGAGGAAGUGGGGUGUUGAUCCGAGGGGUUGAGGUCAGCAGUAAGGAAGUGGUGGACCACACGGGGUCGCCACGGCAACACGUACUGCUGGGCAGGACUGAGAGAGAAACGGGUACAGACAGGGCAGGAUCCACUGCUCAGAGUAAGCUGUACCUGCUCUGGUGUAGGAUGCUGAGUUCUGAGAGGCAGUACGUGACUGUCCUGAAGGGGGUGGAGGAGACCUACCUUCCCUUACUGGAGCUCUCAGACACCCCUGCCUCCAUCAGGGGGAAGGCAGACACCCUCUUCCCCAACUGGGCCAGCCUGAGCACCUUUCACUCGCAGUACCUCCUACCGGCAAUGGAGGGCGCUCUUUUGCAAAGCUUGCUGCAGCAGGACUGUUUCAGUAAAUAUCGGGAGCAGUUUCUGCAGUAUUCCCACUACAUCAGGACUAAACCAGAACUGGACUCUCCACUGGUAACGCAGGCUGCCGACUUCUUUAAGUCCAAACUCCCUGCGGCCUCCCCUCUCUCCCCUCUGUCCUUCCCUCACUGCCUUCAAGCUCCCACUCAGAGACUCGACCAAUACUGCGAGGCCCUCGAGGAGCUCGGGGGGAUCAACCCUGCCUCCGACUCCGCCCUCUCCAUCCUGAGACACGCCCAGCGGCACGGCGAGGACCUCCGGGCCAGUGACCUCAUCGUAGGAUGUCCGAUCCCCGUGGCGGAGCGUGGCGAGCUGGUGCGGCAGGGUGAGCUGACGGUGUGCGGGGGAGCUCGGAGGAAGCGGGCGGGCAUCAGGAACAUUUUCCUCUACCAGCACGUCGUCGUCUUCACCAAACAGAAGAGCACCGGCCCAGGACGCACCGCCUACAGCUACAAACACAGCAUCAAGACGGGCGAGAUGGGUCUGACUCAGAGUGUAGGCGAGGAGGGAGUGAAGUUUGAAGUUUGGGUUCGGCAGACCUCUCGGACACGAGACUUCAUCACACUGCAAGCUCAGGACAGGGAAUCCAGACAGACCUGGGCUCAAGACAUCGCCCAUCUGCUGUGGACACACGCCAUCAACAACACAGAGUUGUGUCUGAAGGAGUCACUUUGUAUGGGGAUUUCCAGUAAGCUGCUGCUAGAUGCGUCAGGAACUCAAGCAUCCGAGCUGGACUCCAUCUGCAGUCUUAGUGACAGAGUCCACAGUAGCUGCUCAGACUCCUCCUCUGUCGGCAGCCAGAAGGAGGGGGGAUCUCCAGCGUCUGGGAGGGACCCCAAGAGAAACUCUGGAUCAACAAGUUACUCGCAGAGUCAGUCCCCCUCUACAGCCGUGUAACUGUCAUCUCAAUAAGAUAACUGGACCAUGGAACAUCUCUACUUCACCUCUGGGGGACUCAAACUGGACUUAAAGAAGCAUGAAGACAAAAGCGAGACCCUCUGACUUUAUUUGAACUUCUCCUACAUGCUCGCUCCAAUUUCC